AUGGUCAGAGCUCAAGAGGAAUCGAAUCGACCUCCUAUGUUCGAGCAAAUGGAAAGUGCCGACCUUGGCAGUUUUGAGUCCACAAGGAAGACGAUGAGGGUCUGCACAUGUGUGGGAGUAGCCAUGUGUGUCCUCGUGGUGCUAGCAAGCAUCAUGCUCUGGGAUAACGUGGGGAUGGGGCCGAAGAGCAAAGGAAUCCGACAAGCAGCAACAGCCAAGAAGAUGCAGGAGAGGAAGGUCAAACGCAUCUUAGCUCAGAGAGCGCUGGACCUCUCAGAGCAGGCGGCCAUCGCUGACGUGGCCAACACGUACGCUCCUCAGAGCUGGUUCGCUAGUCACAAGAGGCCGGAGCGAGCCGCCAUCCUCGCCGUCACUCGCAACCCCCGUGAAGGAGAUAAGAUUGUGGAUCAAGUGGAAGGGGAAAUGCUGGACACACACUACAAGGGACAGCGGAACAGCGUCGCGCAGGGAGUGAAGGAUCUGCUGCCAGGGAUGAGCAGGAGGAGGAGGAACGAGAUUAUCGAGCCGCUUGUGGAAGCAGGCACACAGCGCGCGCUCCACCGGCUGUCCCUGGAGGCCGGGAAGGGAUGGGUGGACCGUGGGCUGGGAGAGAGGAAGUUGCACUCCGGGUGGAUCACAGAUCAGGUCAAGAGCGCCAUCGUCAAGCCGGGGGAGCGAGAGAGGAGGGUGCGAACGAGCCACGAGCAUGCUCAUCAAGUCAGACCGUCGAGGCAGCGAUCGGGAAGCAUGCAUCUCCCAGGGCUAGGGGACGUCAAGAGUGCUCAAGAAGCCGCGAAGGCGUUGGAGCAUCUUGCCCGCAAGCGAUCAGGCAGCAGCCGUGGAAGGAGCGACGAGGAUGCUCAGAGGGAUGACCAAGGGCAAGAGGACAACGGGCAUGACAUGGGGCUGGACCAUCCCAAGCACACGCUGCACGCGGCCUUGAGCAAGAGAGGCCUGUCUGAGCGGGAAGGACUGGACCUUCAUCAGGCGCUGGAGCGGAGGAGAGGCCAAAGGGUUCGCAGUGACGACGAUGAUCAAGGGGGCGACAGGGGGGAUGACGAAGGGAGGAGGCAGGACCAGAAGUACAUUCGCAAGAUGGCUUCCAAGGAGCUGCGGGGGGAAGACGACUGGGACGACUCGUCGAGAACAGCUCCUGUCGGGCAGAGCAUACAGACGUACUUCUCCAAGGGGAACCAGGACUGGAUGAACGCGGCUGGUGCAUGGGGGGCUGGAGCUUGA